AUGUUCUACUAUCAGUUGGAAAAAAUUAUCCUCAAAGAUAAAUGGUAUUAUAAAUUCCUUGUCGGAGACUUGAACGCCAGAAAAGAAAAGGCGAACGAGAGCCAGAAUACAAGACCGGAAAAUCUGAAUUGGGAGAAUGAGAUGAGAAUGGACACCUUCUUGCAGGAUUUCUGUCUGCGGCACGUUUCCUCCGAGGAAAUUCACAUUUCCAGAAGAAAGAAAUUCGCUGCUGGUCACGGGAAUCGCCUAACAGUACGACGCAUACUGAAAUCGACGAAUUCACUUCAGUUUUUGAAGCAAUAA